AUGGAUUUCCUUCAGCGACUAGCUCGCGCCCUCGACCGCCCGCUCUUCCCGUGGAAGAAGCUCAUGAUCGGGUUUUCGGUCGCCCAGUACUGCUUCGAAGAGUUUCUGUCUCUCCGUCAAUACCAGGUUCUUAAGAAAACACAGCCCCCUAAGGUUCUCGAGCAAGAAGUCUCCAAGGAAGUCUACGACAAAAGUCAGGAAUACGGUCGCGCCAAAGCCAAGUUCGGUUUCAUCAAGGGUCUCUACGGUCAAAUCCAGAAUAUCGCUUUCAUACACUAUGAUGUCCUCCCCAAGCUGUGGUCGUGGACUGGUGACCUUCUGCUCCGGUUCGCGCCCGCUCGCUUUACCGGCGAGAUCUCUCACUCUAUCGUAUUCGUCCUCUCGUUUAUUCUGAUCCAGCAAGCAUUGUCUCUCCCUGCCAACAUCUACCACACCUUUGUACUCGAGGAGCGGUUUGGUUUCAAUAAGCAGACACCCAAGCUAUUCAUCACCGAUAUGAUCAAGUCUAACCUGCUCGUUUUUGCCUUUACGCCACCGAUCCUUGCUGGUUUCCUUGCCAUUGUGAAGAAGACCGGUAACCAAUUCGUCACGUACCUCUGGCUUUUCACUGCUGCCAUCCAGAUGUUUAUGAUCACGGUCUACCCUAUCGUUAUUCUGCCCCUUUUCAACAAGCUGUCCCCUCUGGAAGAAGGCAAGCUCAAGUCGGAAACUGAAGCUCUGGCUAAGAAGCUCAAGUUCCCACUUCACGAACUAUUUGUCAUUGAUGGAAGCAAGCGCAGCGCCCACAGUAACGCAUACUUCUUCGGUCUCCCUUGGAAAAAGCACAUUGUCAUCUACGAUACCCUGAUUGAGAAGAGCGAGUCGGAAGAAGUCGUAGCUGUUUUGGCUCAUGAACUGGGUCACUGGAGUCUAGGACACACAACCCGACUGUUCGGUAUCUCGCAGCUACACGUUUUCUACGUCUUUACCUUGUUCUCCGUCUUUGUGAACAACCAGUCACUGUAUGCCGACUUUGGUUUCAUAAAGGAGCAUCCCAUCAUUAUUGGAUUCAUCCUCUUCUCUGAUGCAUUGGCUCCUAUGGAAACUGUUAUCAAGCUGCUCAUGAACAUCAUGAGCCGUCGAUUCGAAUUCCAAGCAGAUUCUUUUGCACGUAACCUUGGCUACAAGGCCGAACUCGCUUCGUCUCUCAUCAAGCUUCAAGUUCAGAACUUGAGUACCAUGGAUGCAGACUGGAUGUAUGCUAGCUACCAUUUCUCUCACCCAAUCCUUUCAGAGCGUCUGAAGGCCCUGGAAUGGACCCCUAGCGGAAAGGCGACGGAAGACAAGGCAGCCAGCUCGGGAGUUGAGAAGGCAAGUGGACGUGAAUUAUAG